ACACAUUUCUGGUUGACUAGUCUACAAUAAUAAAUACUUGUGGUUGACUAAUCGUUAAUAAUACAACAAAUGUUCAUUUGGCACAUUGCAUAUUUGCAUGAUAAACAUCCAAUUUCCUAAAAUCUUCUAACCAAUUAAUUUCUUCUCAUCUUCUGCACACAUAUAUUUAGUGCGACUGUAAACACCCCAUUUAUUUCGGCACUCAGCAUUAGCUUCACAUAAUCACAUCUACUCCUAAGAUAAAUAUCAUAAAUUCAUUAAUUUAUCACUGUACUGUACUACUCCUAAAGUCCUAAUCGUGUAGUACACUCCAAUUUCCAUAAAUAACCAACAUUUAUCUUUUAUAUCACCCACAAAAAUUAUAAAAAAAUCCCAAAAUUACAUUUUCUAUGUACUACCAAAAUACAUCUACUACUUGUAGUACAUACAACAAAAACCUCCCCACUUUAUUCAAAUCACACUAAAUUAAAUUCAUUCUCCUCUUUUAGUCCUACCCUUCUCCUAAACACGAAACAAAUAUAAUUUAGUAAGAAAGUUAUCUUUUAUUUGAGAUUAAGUAGAGAUGGACCAUGGUUCGAUGAAUGGAAUGAACAUGGCACCAUCGUCGAAUUUAAAUUCGACGAUGGGUGCCAUGGGUCAUAAGAAGAUGAUGAUGCACAUGACAUUUUAUUGGGGAAAAAACGCUUUGAUUUUAUUCAAUGGAUGGCCUGGGACCCACACUGGCAUGUACGUUCUUUCUCUAAUAUUUGUAUUCUUAAUGGCUUUUUCUGUUGAGGGUUUCUCGCGUUCUCGCUUUGCUAAGGAUAAUGGACGAAACGUCGUCGUUUCGGGUGUUAUGCUUACGCUUCUUCAUACCGUACGAAUGGGGUUGGCUUACUUGAUUAUGCUUGCUGUUAUGUCGUUCAAUGCUGGGGUUUUUAUUGCUGCUAUUGCGGGUCAUGCUAUCGGGUUCUUCGUUUUCGGUACUGGGGUUUUUAUUAAGGGUUCUCAGGAUCCCGGGAAAACUUCGGAUCUUCCUCCCAUGAGUUGCUGACGAUUUAUCAUUGUCGAUUUUGUCAACAAAGGUAGACGAGAUUUGAUUUCAUAUCUUGAUUAUUAUAUGAAGUUAGAAUUUUUUUUUUUUUUUUUUAAGUUUGUUUUUAAAGAGUGCUCGUAGGUAAAGAAGGCUUGAAGGGCAUUUUGGCUAUCAAAAAUAAAAAAGGAAUGAAUUAUGAUUUUGGCUUUUCAAGAGUAAUUUAACUGUACUACGUAUUAUAUAAUCAUGAUUUGCAACAAUCAUACUUUAUACAUAAUCGUGAUUUGCAAUAAUUAUAUGC